AUGCAGCUGCCACCCGCGCUGCACGCACGCCUGGCGGGGGCACCCGGGUCGGCCGAGCCUCUACCCGUGGAGCGGGACCCCGCGGCCAGGACCGCGCCCUUCCGCUUCGCGCCGCGCCCGGUGCGCUUCCCACGGGAGCACGACUUCUUUGAGGAAGGGGACGUGCAGCGGCACCUCUACCUCCAGGAUGUGCUCACGCAGGUGGGCGGGGCGCCCGAGAGGCCCAGGGUACCCGAGUUCACGUGUCAGGUGGCCGGCUGCUGCCAGGUGUUCGACGCCCUGGAGGAUUACGAGCACCACUACCACACUCUGCACAGAAACGUCUGCUCCUUCUGCAAGCGGGCCUUCCCUUCUGGACACCUGCUGGACACCCACAUCCUGGAGUGGCACGACUCCCUCUUCCAGAUUCUGGCCGAGCGGCAGGACAUGUAUCAGUGCCUGGUGGAGGGCUGCACAGAGAAGUUCAGAACCAGCAGAGACCGGAAGGAGCACCUGGUGAUGCGUCAUCUCUACCCUGCGGACUUCCGCUUCGAUAAACCAAGGAAAAGCAGAGGCCCAGUCAUGCCCGGUGCCGCUGAGCAGGUGUUGGCAGAAGCCCUGGGGGAUGACGGGGUGCCGUCGGAAGGCGACGCCAUGGAAGUCUGCUCUGAACACGUGGAGCCCCCACCAGCACCCGCGGGAGAGAGGCGGGCCUACAGCCACAGGGAGAUGAACUCGUGUCCUUCAGCUGCCCUCGCACAGUUGCCCAGAAUUUGGCCUGAGAGAUACCAUCUACCAUCUGUUUUGGUCAAGGUGCCUCACGAGGAUUUAAAAGGGCCAAGAAGAGAAAUAAGCACCAGUAACGGCGGUUCCUCUGCGGCCCUGUGGCGGUGUUGCCGGGCUUUUCCUCCCCGACGCGGGGGCCCCAGGACCCUGGCCCGUGCCACCCUCCAUGUCGCGGGCCUGUGACCGACUGAACGAGGCUGGUGCCUAUGUGGGAAGCUGUGGGGGAGCCGCGGAUUCCGGGAAGGGCCCCCUCGUGCGGUGACUGGGGUGUGGGGAGCAGCCCCCGCCCCCCAACGUCCUUGUGAAACACGUGGAGUAAAUGGUUAUCAUUAA